UAAGUUUUAUCGGGCCCAAUAACAUCAAAUCCAGGUCAGAACACAAAGAAAACCCUAGCAUAAGCAUAUAUAAACCUUGUUACACUGCAAUCGUAACUCUUCCUAAGGAAAGCUACUAAUCUGCAACCAUGUCGAAGCGAGGAAGAGGAGGAACCUCUGGUAACAAGUUCAGGAUGUCGCUGGGUCUUCCAGUGGCAGCCACCGUGAACUGCGCUGACAACACCGGAGCCAAGAACCUUUACAUCAUUUCCGUAAAGGGUAUCAAGGGUCGUCUCAACCGUCUGCCAUCCGCCUGUGUUGGUGACAUGGUCAUGGCCACUGUGAAGAAAGGUAAACCUGAUCUCCGUAAGAAGGUUCUGCCUGCUGUCAUUGUUAGGCAGAGGAAGCCUUGGCGCCGAAAGGAUGGUGUCUUCAUGUACUUCGAAGAUAAUGCUGGUGUCAUUGUCAAUCCCAAGGGUGAAAUGAAGGGAUCUGCCAUCACUGGACCAAUCGGAAAGGAGUGUGCUGACCUGUGGCCAAGGAUCGCUAGUGCUGCAAACGCUAUCGUUUAAAAUCUAUCUUUUUGUGUUCGUUGAACUUUGUCACUGUUGAGGAUACUUUGUUUCUUAAAUCUUGACUUGUGUUAUUACUUAAAUCUUGAUUUUAGUUUUCCCAAUU